CAAAGGCCUGACAGGUGAGUGGAUAUUGGUCAAGCCUUCCAUAGUGGGCAGGUCUAUGCGGUCCCUCUAUCUCUCGCCUGGAGAAGUGCGCUCGGCGUUCACGCCCUUCAGAAACUCAAUUCCAUCAUUGCUGCAACACUUGCGCUGUCAUCUCGUCCUCGAGCAUGUCGAUGCGGAGGACAAUAUGGCAGACGCUCAAGCAUGCAAAUGAUGGCGUCAGAUCGUUGGUUCGCAGCUUGCAAUGCAGUUGCCCGCGGCCCGCACUGCGCAACUACAACAGCCUGAGUGUCAGUGCAGGCGAUUUGUCGUUCGGCCAGCCUGUGCAUGAGACGCAUCCGCACCUCCUUCAGCCAGGCGAGUUGACUCCCGGUAUUACGGCUCAGGAGUAUGCAGAUCGUCGCACGAAGCUUGCAGCAGCCUUACCAGCCAAGGCUAUCGCGAUCGUCGCCGCCUCCGACAUAGUGUUCCGCUCAGGAAGCGUCUUCUACGAAUUCCACCAAGACCCCGACUUUUUCUAUCUGACCGGUUUCAAUGAACCAGAAGCACUGGCCGUCAUCGGAAAAGAUGCCUCUGGCACAGAUCAUACAUUCCACCUAUAUGUGCGGGACAAGGAUCCCAAAGCCGAGAUCUGGGAUGGUGCAAGAUCAGGCAUUCAAGCCGCACGAGACGUGUUCAAUGCAGAUGAGACAGGCAAUAUAAGCGGAAUCAAACACAUUCUGCCUGAGUUGGUGGGUGCGGCAUCACAAGUCUACACGGAUAUUACCAACCCAGACCCAAAUACCUCGGCUCUGCGUCGUUUUCUGUAUGGGCAAUCCCGCAAGACGACAGAGUUUGCUGAGCUUCUGCAGUCGAACAAGAUCAGCCGACUGCGACCGGUGAUGAACGACCUUCGAGCCUUCAAGAGUCCCGCAGAAAUUGAGGUGUUGCGGAGAGCUGGAAAAGCCUCUGGGCGAGCACAUACUGAAGCCAUGCGAAAAGCAUGGACACGGGAGAAAGAGCUGGAUGCAUACCUGCGGUAUCGAUUUGUCGCUAAUGGGUGCGACACCACCGCAUUCGAGCCUGUCGUGGCUGGAGGCCAAAAUGCGCUAGGAAUACACUAUGUGCGAAACGACGACAUCUUGCAAGACGAUGAAUUGGUAUUGGUUGACGGCGGCGGAAAGUACGGUGGCUACAUUGCCGACAUUACGAGAACGUGGCCGGUCAGUGGCAAGUUUACAGAUCCUCAAAGGGAUUUGUAUCAGGCGGUCCUGAACAUGCAGAGGUCAUUGAUCUCGCUGUGUCGCGGGAGCGCCAAUAUGUCACUCGACAAGCUGCACAGCAUUGCGGAGGAUCAUCUGUCGAAGGAACUGAAGCAGAUUGGGUUCGACAUGUCCUCGAAAGCGAUCGAGAAGCUGUUCCCGCACCACUUGAGCCAUUACAUCGGCCUUGACGUGCAUGACAGCAUUGGAUACACCAGGAAGACUGUACUACAAGAGGGGCACUGUAUCACCAUUGAACCAGGGAUUUAUGUGCCAGACGACGAGCGAUGGCCGAAGCAUUUUAGGAACAUGGGAAUCCGUAUUGAAGACAGUGUCUGUGUGCAGGAGGACAGUCCGUAUGUGCUCACCACCGAGGCGGUCAAGGAGGUUGUAGAUAUCGAAGCACUCAGGGAUUGAUAUGUCUCCCAUUAAAAGUAAUCAACUCUCGCUCGCUUGA